AUGGGUCCAAACAGUUCAAACCGUGAUGAGAACGAAGUUGUCGGUACACCAGACGUGCAAUGUAGUGAAGAUGCUAUCACUUUUUCAGUGCGAACAUCAGCUCCAUUCAAGGGCAAUAUCUAUGUCAAAGGUCAUUAUGGUAUGGAUAAUUGUCGGCAAGAAUACUACGGUAAUGAUUUUUCUGGUGCCACAUUUGUGGUUCGCAUUGGCGAUUGUGGAAUGCGACGAAUUCGACAGCUACAACCACAUGGAAUGAACUAUGUGCUGACGUUUGUCGCAAAUUUUCAUCCACAUUUUAUGACAAAAGUGGACCGAGCCUAUAAUGUACGCUGUUUUUAUGCUUAUAUCGAUAAGACUGUCAAUGCUGAUAUGGAUGUGAGGGAUUACAGUAACCUACCGUCUGAGUCACUGGAACAACAGUCAACGCUAAUGCCUGAAUGUGAAUAUUCUAUUCGCGAAGGAUCGCCUGAUGGACAACGCGUCAGAACAUCCUCUAUUGGCGCAAAUCUUGUGCAUCGAUGGGAUUGCAGGACCAGCACUCGAUUCGGUAUGCUCGUGCGUAAUUGUAAUGCAAUCGAUAGUACAGGAUUAUCUAUACCGAUAAUUGACGAGAGAGGAUGUCCAUAUGCGCUACCAAUCCAACUUCGACCAAUCAAUUACGAUCAAUCACUCUCUUCUGCUUACAUGGUUGUCGAAGCUUUUGUAUUUCCGGAUCGAAGUAAUGUACAGUUCCAAUGUCAAGUGCAGAUAUGCGACAAAAGAGAUAAUGAAUGCCUUGGGAUUACGCCCCCAAAUUGCCCACUUAUGACUCGAAGUGAAUUCAUCCCCAACUCUGUUGUUGAUUCAUCAGUAAAUCCUACUCAGGUCAUAGCCACAUUCGAAGGCACACUUCGCUCUGCAAUGGGUAACGCGGUUCUUGAUGGCACGCUUCACCCGCCAGCUUAUUCUCCAGAAUUCGAAGAUUUGUACCCAUGGCGAAAGGAGCAGGAUGGUUUAGAUGAGGAUAACAACAGUACGGAAAGAGAGGUGCAUGAGGCUAGCACACUAAUGCCAGAAAGAACAGACGAAGAACGAGCGGACGCAAGGCAGACAACUUUGAAAAUGUUGACGACUGGCGCUCCGUCCGAACAAACAACUUUCGACUUCUCCACCACCGAAACAAAUGACUUCCCUUGGACGAUACCCAUGAUUCCCGACCUCAACGAUCAUCCAUUGGAGAUUUUUGUGAAAAGCACCAGCGCGGCACCUAUCAUUCGACCGGCAUCUGAACGGUCUGGCAGACGUCUUGCUGAUCAAAUUAUUGAUGUGAUGACGGAGGAGUUAACGCUGCGACCAGUGGAUGAGUUGCCUACAAAUGAAGCAAUUCAAACGUCCGAAUCGCUACCCGAAUCCCCGUUGACAUGCUUCAAUCAGAUGUCUUUGUUUGCGGCUUGCACAGCUUUUGCGACGCUGACGAUUCUAUGCACCAUCUUAUUCGCCUAUAUUUUCCGAGAUGUUUGUCGAGGCCUGAAUGCGUCAGAAGGAGUGGAUCAUUUCGCCAUUACUUCUAUACGCUCUGGAUGCUCUUCUCAUUCAAGCGACAUAAGCAUCGAUAGGCGAAGUGAUCUACCUAUAUACUCUAGGCAUCUUGGUGAAACUGGCUAUAUUAUACGAAAUUAUUGA